GGAGUUGAGAGCUGAACUCUCCUGGGAACGAAUUGCGACCCAGUUCUUCUUCCACGCUCAAGGCAUCGAUGGAUCCCCAUGGUCGAAAGAUGAUGCUGUUUUACUGAUUCGAAGUAGUUUAACACUUAUUAAACUGAAAUCCGUCCUUGGAUUUCAGUUUGGAAGAGACAUUUCUGGUCGUGAAAACCUAAAUUGCGAAGCUACUGUUCUUCGUCGCCAGGAAGUUUGAAAACCGAGGCUCUAAUUCAGACCCUCCAGAGUGGGUCGCUGGGAAGAUUCAUUCUUGGAUUUCCGCGAACGAUAAGAGCUUCGUUCAUACCUGAGAUUGAAAUCCGCGCCUGGUUGGAUGCUCUGGUUCAAGCGCGAACGAUAAGAGCUUCGUUCAUAGAAAUCCGAGGCCUUAGACUUUCGUUGCAGACCUUCCACUGUGGGUCGCCGGGAAGAGGAGGUAAGCUGAAGUGGGUUUCUUACCUGCGACUGCAGGUCUGCGAUAGAGCACUGCUAUUACCUGCGAAGAUGUGGUAACCGAUGCUCUGUAUUAGCGAUAUUGUUUUUGCUAUUUACAGUCGAUUUUGGAGUUUCACAGGUCCAGUAGAGAUCUCAGACCUGGUUUGGGGUUCCUACCUGCGCACCUGGAGGUUUCAAACCUAAUUUCUGGAUUCAUUUGACUGUUGGUUUGGUUGUUCGAUUGAUACGCAUAAUCUGUUAUUUGUUUCUGGAAUUCAAGUUUCUUUUGGGUUACUCAAGUUGUGCCCACACAGUUUGUUGCUCGUUGUUGUUCACCUUUCACCCGGUUUUGUAGUCCGGCCAUGGCCAGGAAGAAGAACCAAGGACCUGCUGAACUCUCAGCUGCGCGAGUUACCAGAACUUCCUUUGGUGCUUUGGUGAAUACAGAUGAGGAAUUCCCUGCAUUAAACUCUGGUUGUCCACUGAAGAAGACAGGGAAGACAGUCACUCCUCCGGCAGAAUUGAGGGAACAAACUGAUUCCUCCUUGGGUGUACAAACUGCAGGUGCUGAAACUGCUAUUGCUGGGAAUCUUGACAGUAACUCUGGGACUACUAUUAAGAAGCCAUGGAGUACACUCUUCAAGGAUAAUCGAGCUCCAUCUCAUGGGAUCAAACUGAAAUUUGUCCCUCCUAAGGGUAAUUCUCUGGACUUCUCUGACAGAGUUAUGCCAUCCAUGGUGGAGAUGUGGGGGUACUGUCUCGUGGGCUGUUUCACGGGUCGUUUCCCCGGCCUAAAAGCUAUCCAUGAACUGAAAUUCAAGUGGGGUGUAAAAUGCCAGAUCAAGUCACAUGAUAAAGGUUGGGUGAUUUUUAAAUUCCAAACGGAUGAAGACAGAAUGAAGGUACUAAAUGAGGGACCUUACACCAUCUUUGGCAAGCUACUCAUGUUGAAGGUUUUAUCGGAUGAUUUCACGUUUGACGAUGAAGAGUUCCUUAAAGUGCCGAUUUGGGUGAAAUUCCCACAGCUACCGAUGAAACUAUGGAAUAAAGAUGCCAUGAGUGAAGUUGCCUCUAUGGUAGGGGUGCCACUAACUACGGACUUGAUCACCCAAGAAAGGAGCAAUCAUAACUUUGCUAGGGUGCUUAUUGAAGUUGAUGUGUCGAAACCGCCCCCACUUUCAUUUCCUAUUCGAUUACCUUCACAUAAGGUAAUCAAACAAUUGGUGGUAUAUGAAACCUUCCCAAAUUUUUGCUUUCAUUGCAAAAAAUAUGGGCACCACCCAUUUAUUUGUAAGGAACUAGCUGAAAAGGAACUAAAGGAUAAAAAUGAGAAAGAAAAGAAAAAUGAUGUUGGUAUUCUAAAAGGUGCUGCACAGGACACUCUGAAGGACAUUGCUACCCGAGUGGAGAAGAGUAUGGAGAUAGAAGAGGGCAAACUGCCUGAUGCACAACUUGAGGAGGGAAAGAUCUUGGAAGAACCUGGGCAGCCAACGCUUGAUAGUGCCACGGUGGUAGAGGCAGCCUAUGUGGGGGUGGCUGCUACUUCGGUUGGUGACUCGGUUACGGAAGAGAAUUGUGAUAUUACUGAUUCUGAAGACCAAUAUGAAACUGAAGAGGAACAGGAUCAGGAACACCAUUUCAAGAAAACCACCAAAAAAAGUAGGCGGAGAAAGGGUGAGACAGAUGAGAAAUAUAAAAGACGGCUUGGAAGAAUGAUUGGAAGAAAGAUAAAAUAGUUCUUGGAAGGGGAAACUACGGAUUCCUUAGAUGGACUGGACUUUUUAAUUAGUGAUUUGUGAAGUGGGGUUUGUCCCAUUAUCUUGAUGCAUUAUAUCUAGGUUAGUUUAUUCUAGCUUAGAUAGUCAUUUUGAUUUGGAUUGAUGCAUUGUAAAAUGCUAUUUUUUUCGGUUUCUAAUAUACUUACAUAUUAUCGUCGAGUUGCAA